GAGAAGACUUGAAAAACCUGCUUUGCCAUUUCGGUUCUAGGUUAUGCCCAUCUGAUAUCCUGAAGUAAUUACCACGGACUUAAAAUUACCAAGAACUGGAUUGAGUUUAGUCUUCUAGUUUUCUUAAUAAUCUAAAAUUCUAAUAUGCUUACGUUAAAAAGCGAGCAUAAAAAACAUAUUCUUUUUCUAGUAGAACAAUCAACAAAUGUUUUACAGGACUUUUGUAAAUUAGCAUUGGAUUAUUUGCACAAUGGACCAAACUUCAAGUUGUAUAAUGUAGCUGCUCAAAAAUUAGAUGUCCAGCCUGAGGAUGUCAGAUGCACUGUAGAAGGACUCAUCAAUUUGCUAGUAGAAAGCUGCAAAUGCAAGUUGAGCACUUCUGAUUUUCGAGAUUCAGUAAUUGCCCUGGGCUUCUCUGAAGACCACGAUGCGCUACUCACCAAAUUAUAUACGACAAAACAGUCUGAAAUAUCAGAAAUACUAUCGACACUUGGGGUCAAGUUGCAAGAAUACCAGAGCAUGGAAUGGAGAUUCGAAACACAGAUUUCAUCCAGAUCGUUGUUGAGUCAAGUGACACCUUUGGUAAUCCUUGAUUUCAGUCUUCGAUCUAAUGUUCACCGAGAAAUUGAACAUUUCAUUGUUCAAACUGACCCAAAUAAUUUAUUGCACAUCACUGAAGAAUUAGAACAAGCUUUGCAGGAUGGCCGGAGUCAACACCUACGUAAAAUUGCAAGGAGUAUUAAAUAGAUAGCGUUUAAAUUACUUUUACCAAAUAAAAUAUUUAUGUAUAUAUAUAAUAUAGCGUAAGUAUAUAAAAA